UUUUUUUUUUUUUUUGUGAUUCUUGGCUUCAAACAUUUAGCUUCUUCAGAGCAUCUACACAAAUGGGUUUUGUAUUUUAGCUUCUCUCUGUAGAUUGUUCACUGUUUAGUUUAGUUUUGAGUUGGUUUCAUUCAUGGAACUCAAGUGGAAUGUUCCCGUUUUUCGCCCCUGGAUACCCUCAAAAUUACCUUCGCUGCCACUCUUGCUAAUGCUAGUACUAUCUCUGUGUCUCUUUAGCCCUACUAAGUGUCUUGAUCUUGACCCUGACGACAAAUCCUCACUGUUAUGCUUUAAUUCAUCAGUUCAAGACCCUAACCGGAGCUUAGCAACCUGGGUGGGGUCGAAUUGCAGGAAUUGGACUGGUAUUUCUUGUGAAAACCGAACCGGUCGUGUUGUCUCUGUGAACCUGGCUAAUAUGAACUUGUCCGGUAAAGUGCUCCCUUGUUUAUGUAACCUAUCAUUUCUUGAAUACUUGAAUUUAUCCGGGAAUAAUUUCAAUGGCACAAUUCCAACAUGUUUUGGUCAAUUGGCUAGUCUUAAAACAAUUGAUCUUAGUCACAAUAGCUUUAGUGGGGUUCUACCUGAUAAUAUCACUAGACUUGGGCAAUUGAGAGAACUUGUCUUGAAUGGAAACCGGCAACUCGGUGGUGAUUUGCCGUGGUGGAUCGGUAACUUCUCAAGUAAUUUGGAAAAACUUGAUUUGAGUUCAAAUUCAUUCAAUGGGGAGAUGCCUGACAGCUUAUUUCAUUUGAAGUCUUUGAGGCAUUUGGAUCUCGGAUACAAUUAUAUAUCAGGGAAUGUUCAUGAGUUUUAUCAGUCAUUGGAGUUUCUCGGUCUUGCUUCAAAUAAGUUGUUUGGUACUUUACCUUGUUUUUCUGCUUCUACAAAGAGUCUAACUGUUCUGACAUUGGCCAACAAUUCUCUUGUUGGAGGAAUACCUACUUGUAUUGCCUCAUUGGAAGCAUUGGCACAUCUUAACCUAUCAUUUAAUCACCUGAGUUAUGGCAUAUCUCCGAGACUCGUGUUUACAGAAAAGCUGCUUGUAUUGGAUUUGAGUUUCAAUGAUUUAUCAGGCCCUCUUCCGGGGAAAAUUGCUGAGGCAACUGAAAAAUCAGGCCUUGUUCUUCUCGACCUCUCUCACAACCGGUUUUCUGGUAAAAUCCCAUUGAAGAUCACCGAGCUGAAAAGCUUGCAAGCAUUGUUUCUUUCUCAUAAUCUUCUUACAGGGGAAAUCCCAGCAAGGAUUGGAAAUUUAACUUAUCUCCAAGUGGUCGAUCUGUCGCAUAACUCCUUAUCAGGUUCAAUUCCAUUAGAUAUUGUUGGGUGUUUUCAGUUACUUGCAUUGAUACUCAACAACAACAAUCUUUCCGGUGAAAUUCAACCUGAGCUCGACGCAUUGGAUAGCUUGAAGAUAUUGGAUGUAAGCCACAACAUGAUAUCUGGUGAAAUCCCACUAACCUUGGCAGGGUUAAAAUCACUGGAGGUUGUAGAUUUGAGCUCCAACAACCUGUCUGGAACAUUGAAUGAUGCGAUAACCAAAUGGUUGAACCUCAAGUAUCUUUCCCUAGCUCAUAACAAAUUUAGUGGGAAUCUACCCAGCUGGUUAUUCACAUUUGAAGCAAUUCAGGUGAUCGAUUUCUCUGGGAACAAAUUCUCGGGCUUCAUACCAGAUGGUAACUUCAAUAUUAGCUUCCGCAGUAACAAUGGUAACAGUGUUAGAGACCCUAAAGUGCCAUUUAUUUCAGUUAAAAGUGUUGAGAUAAAAGUCUCUGCCAUGGUCAUUGAUACUAGUGAAUUAAGCUUCAAUUUUAAGGUGUCCUCGAUGGUUGGAAUUGACUUAUCGGAUAACUUGUUACGGGGCGAGAUUCCAAAUGUUCUCUUUGAAGUAGAGGGAUUGGAAUAUCUAAAUUUAUCAUAUAACUAUCUCGAUGGACAGCUUCCGAGUUUGGAGAAAAUGUGGAACUUAAGGGCCUUGGAUUUGUCACAUAAUUCCUUAUCUGGCCAGAUUCCUGGAAAUAUCUCAACCCUGAAAUAUCUGAUACUCUUGAAUUUGUCAUAUAACAGUUUCUCUGGAUCUGUUCCUGUUAACCAGGGAUAUCAAAGAUUCCCGGGAGCAUUUGCUGGUAACCCGGACUUAUGUGUGGAGUCAUCUGGUGAGGGAUGUGAAAGAGGAAGCCCCCCUGCAGAGCCUGGGAAGACAUUUGAAGAAGUUGAGGGACCAAUAUUGGUUUGGGUGUUUUGUGUAAGUGCCUUUGUUAGUUUCUAUUUAGGUGUUGUGGGACUCUUCUGUUCGGCUCGAGCUAGGAGUUACAUCCUUCAGACAAAAGUUUAAUGCAGUGAAUGGUUGCUUCUAUACAUUUUUCCAUUUCAUUGUCUCUACACUUAGAAGAUCCAAAUAUUGAAUUUACCAGUUCUGUAUAUGAUAGCAUCCAGCUAUUAAGAUUGAAUGAGUUGGUUUUGAAUGAUUAGAUUGUUAUGCCAUUCAUGAACUUGUUCUACUGCAACAGUUUUGCUAGGAAGAGAAGCCAAAGGGUUUAAAUUUAAAACACGUCUUUGUGGUUCUGGUCACUUAUGAAAAGUUUACACUUCCUAGUUUCAAAUUUCAACAUAA